CGGCGGCGGUGGCGAUGGCGAUGGCGGCAUCAGACCAGCGGCGACGGGACAGCAGUCAGUAUCGAUUGAACAGCCGCGUAGCGCGUAGCUCAUCGAACCGAGGAAGCGACUGAGCGAGCAAGCGAGACGGAAGACGGCUAACUAAGACGGAGACCGGAGACCGAGACGUGGAGACAGUGUGUGAACGGCCGCCCGCCGCCCCCUCUUUGAAAUAAAUAGCGCUUGCGAGGCGACCACGCUACCAAACGGCAGAAGUCCGCUGAGAGCGACGCACCGCACCGCAGCGCAGGCCCCAAAAGCCGCCCGCCCCCCUCUCUCACACACACACACACUUACACCACCCCCUUGGACUAACUAAAAAAAAAAAAAGGGGAGACUAUCCAAAAACAGCUGGAAGCAGAAUAAAAAAAAAAAAGACAAGAACUCGGGCCAAAACAAAAGCAAAAAAAUAAAUAUAAAAAAGAAUCGCGCGCGUUCUCUAAAAGUGCCUUAAAUAAAAAAUAAAAUAAAAAAACAACCCACCGAUAAAAAAUAAAUCGCGAAAAAGAUCAAGAAACAUGUUCGAUCGUAUUAUUUUUUAAAUAAUUUUUUUCGAGUGUUUAGAAGAAAUCAAAAAUAAAAUAAACAUAAAUAAAAAAUAAAAAACAGCGCAAUAAGCAAAAAAAAAAAAAGAGAAGAAUUAAGAACGCAGUUAAAACAAAAUAUCUAUAAAUCCAUAAAUACAAAAAUAAAAUAAAAUAUAAAUAAAAGAAAAAGAAGACGAAAUCAAAAAACAAAACACAGAAAAGAGAGAAAAAGAAGAAAGGAAAGGAAAGGAAAAUGGCAACCAAGCAGCCAAGAAAAGUGGCCCCCGAUGGCGGUUGGGGAUGGGUUGCCUGCUUUGGUGUUAGUUUGGUCAACCUGGCCACCCGCUCCAUAGAGCCCUCCUUCGGCCUCCUGUUCGGCGACACCCUCAAGGAGCUGCAGGUGGGAACGACAGGGGCGGCGAUCAUCAUCAGUGCCCUGGACGUGUGCAUGAACUUCUCGGGCCUGUUCGUGGGUCCGUUGCUGAAGGAGUUCUCCUACCGGAAGGUGGCCAUCGCCGGCUCGCUGCUGUGCGGCCUGGGCCUGGCCCUGACCUCGCCGGCGACCAGCAUGGCCCACAUCCUGAGCACCUACUCGGUGAUCAACGGCAUCGGAGUGGGCCUGUCGACGUCGGCGGCCUUCGUGGCACUGAACCACUACUUCAAGCACAAGCGCGGCCAGGCGGUGGGCCUGUCGAUGGCCGGGACGGCCAUGGGGAUGCUGAUCAUGCCGCAGCUGGUGAGGAUCCUGCUGGAGGCGUACGACUUUCGGGGGGCAGUACUGCUCCUCGCCGGCAUUGCACUGAAUGCGACGGUGGGAUCGGUUCUGCUGCAGCCGGUGAAGUGGCACAUGAAGGAGGAGUUCGACGACGAGGAACUGAUGUGCAUCUCGGCCCUGCCCACGCCCCAGCCCCAGCUGACGAUCGGGGGAGGGGCAGGAGGAGGUGCACAGUCGGCGGUCGCCGCUCCCGAGUUCAAGGUGAUCAAGGAGGAUGGCAACGAGGAGGACGCCCUGCCCGAGAUGAACACACUGCUGUUCCACAAGCACAAUCCGCACCAGCACUCCAUCCGGAAGAACUACUCCGAAAUGGCAAUGAACACGAUGAACGGCUCCCGGCUGGGUCUGCCCAAGAGGCCGACCUUCCCGCGGAUCAUGUCCCUGGCCGGUGUCCAGUCCGCCGCCGUCGGCGAGUCCGGCGGCUAUCCCUCCCAGGCGGAGAUCAACGCCACACAGCUGCGCUGCCGCAAGGCCUCCGUCACCUCGAACCUCUCCUACAUGGACUUCACCGGCUCGAUCCUCCAGGUCCACCUCAACACCGGCGACGACGAGUUCGAGCAGAACGAUCGGGAACUCCGACGGGUCGGCACUGCCACCGGCAGCAUCGUCCUCGGCGGCCACCGGGACAGCUUCAUCAAGAUGAAGCCCACGGAGCUGGACAAGCAGGCCGAGGCGGCCGCCGCCCUCGACGAGGCCGAGGCCAAGAAGAAGCAGAAGAAGCCAGGCUUCUGGCGGAGAUUCGCCGACCUGCUCGACAUCGACAUGCUCAAGGACAAGAUGUUCCUCAACCUCCUCUUCGGCCUCUCCAUCUUCUACGUGGCGGAGAUGAACUUCAAGAUGGUCACGCCCUUCUUCUUCGCCAACCUCGGCUACGAGAAGGCCGACGUCGCCUUCUGCCUCUCCAUCACCGCCAUUACGGACAUCGCCGCCCGGAUCGUCCUGCCGCCCAUCUUCGACCGCACCACCAUCAAGAAGCGCACCAUCUUCCUCGUCUCCAUCAUCUUUGUGGCCCUGACGCGAUCCAUUAUGGCUGAGCAGACGGAGUGGACCUCGCUGAUGGUCUGGCUCUCCAUCUGCGGCUUCUUCAGGGGAUCGGCGUUGAGCAACUUCACCCUGACCGUCUCGGAGUACUGUUCCUUGGAGAAGCUGCCCUCGGCCUUCGGCUGGCAUUUGGUGGGCAAGGCCCUGUUCGUGAUCUCCUUUGGACCAUUGAUUGGUCUCAUUCGUGACGUUACCGACAGCUAUCCGAUUUGCAUACACACCCAGAGCGUGUGCAUCAUGAUGUGCGCCAUCGCCUGGGGCAUCGAGUACCUGGUGGAGUACAUCCAUUCCCGGCGCCGUACGGCGGAUGCUGCCCAGCUGCCCGGCCAGGAUCAGGCAGGACCUGCGACGACAGCACACCAACAACAGCAACAGCAGCAGCAGCAGGAUGUCAAGCUGUAAAGGAUACUACUUUGGGGAGGAUGGAGGAAACUAUCUACGAGACACACACACACACACAGACAGACACACAACAAAACGUAAUGAAAAGUGGGCGAGAAAUGCCACGAAAAUGUAUUAAAAACUCAAUUUAGUUAAAUCAUUUUUUUUUCGCUUUAAUCAGUAAGUGUAAGCCUAGGAUUUGGAGAGACAUUGACAAAAAAAAAAAAAAAACACACUCCACAUCAUAACUAAAAAUUAAUAUUAAUUAUACAGUUAAGUUAAAUGAAGAAAAAACUGUGCUUUUAAAUUUUUUGUUCUCUAUUUUUUGAUGUUCUCUACUUUGUUUAUUGGUGAACUUGUAUGUGAUAGUUCAAAGAUAGCUUAUAACUUAGUAAUAUAACUAAUAUAAAAAAUAAAUAUUGAUCGGCUUUAAAAAGAGUACCUUAGGAAGCAAAAUAUACACUACUUAUGUAUAAAAAAAAAAAUAAAAAAAAAUAUAUGAAACCAAUUUAAGGACCAAAUGGCAAGUGUGUGAACUGAAUAAAUGAAUUCAACAGAUAUCCCAAGAAACCAACUAGAAAUCCCUCUAUGUUCAGAAUGCCAGAUAUACAUAUACAUUUAAGACUUAUUUUUUAAGGUAAUUGUUUAAAAAAUGCAACUAGAAACCCAACCGAUAAGCAAUACAAUGAAAAUUAUGUGGCAUACUUUUGGGCCUGAAGAUUCGGAGAUGUUGCCACUUAAUAAAAAAUAAAAUAAACUAUUAAAAUAUAUACACAAAAUAUUAUAUUAAACUUUAAGCUAUAUAUUGUACUUAAAGUGAAGUUUGUGUAUGUGUUUUUAAUUUUUUUUUCGUCGGUCUGUAGAACGAGAUUUUGAUAAAAGAAUUGUACGAAGUUGAAGUGGAUUUUUUGGAAGUGUAUUGCGCCGAUAUUGUAGCCUUAUAACUUUAUAUAUAUUAUAUAUAUAGCAGUACAGAAUAUACAUAUUCAUAUUUAGAUGUGUGUAAAACAAAUUGAAAAUAAAAACAAAUAAAACUUUAAA